UUCAACAACAAACCAAUGUUUCUUUUGAUAAAAGACUAUUUUCUUUGUUCUAUAUAAAGGGAUUGUAUUUCCAUGUUGUUGUCACUUGUGGAAUAAAAAAUAUGGCCAAAGUGAGUUUACUUCAUCAUUUCCUACUCAUUUGCUUUCUUCUGCUACCAAAUUUUGCAUGGUCCCAAACCAAAAAUGAUGUGAAAAUUGACUCAUUACUUAUAGCUGGUGAUGAUAAAGUAUCUGCAUGGAUUUCUCCUUCUGGAGAUUUUGCAUUUGGAUUUCAACAACUAGGAAAUGAAGAUCAAUUCCUAGUUUCAAUAUGGUACAACAAGAUUUCUGAAAAAACCAUUGUUUGGUAUGCAAAUGGAGAUAAUCCAGCUCCUAAAGGAUCAAGAAUCGAGCUCGCUGCUGAUCGCGGACUAGUCCUUACUAGUCCUGAACAACAAGAGAUUUUGAUUUCUGAUCCAUUGAUUGGUACAGUUGCUUAUGGUUCUAUGAAAGAUACAGGUAAUUUUGUACUUGUCAAUAAAAAUUCUGAAAGUUUAUGGCAAAGUUUUAAUCAAAGCAAAGAUACAAUCUUGCCAAGUCAAGAAUUUGUAGAAGGAUUCAAGCUUUCUUCUCGUCGAUCAGAGACUAAUUCUUCGAGGGGAAGAUUCUUGCUCAGAAUGUUUCAAAAUGGAAAUAUUGGAAUUGCUACUGUAAACUUGCCAAGUGAGCAUAUAAAUGAGAAUUUUUACUUGCUUCGUAGUUUCGAUCAAUUGAAUGCAACGAAUUACCAGCUCAAGUUCAAUGAAUCAGGCCAAAUUUUCCAUUUAGUGAACAACAGUCAAGAGGUUGUUCUUUCAAAAGGUGAGAUAGGAUCAUCAACAAGAUUUUAUCACAGAGCAACGCUUAAUUUUGACGGAGUAUUUACUUUGUAUCAGCACCCGAAAGAGCCAAAAGGAAAUGGUGUUUGGUCUGCUGUUUGGUCAAUUCCAGAUAAUAUCUGUUAUAGUUUUCCUACAGAAAGAGGCAGUGGAGUGUGUGGCUAUAACAGAAUCUGUAGACUAAGCAUAGACAAAAGACCAGAUUGUCAAUGCCCGCGAGCGUUUUCUUUAGUCGAUCCAGAGGAUGAUUACAAAGGUUGCAUACCGGAUUUCAUGCAAGAUUGUGGCGACAAUCAAGAUAAUGCAGGAAAUCAGCUUGAAAUGGAAACUGUGACGAAUAUCGAUUGGCCAACGAGUGAUUAUGAGCUUCUGCAACCAUUCGAUGAAGAAAAAUGCAAGAAUGCUUGUUUGAAUGAUUGUAUUUGUGCUGUUUCUGUUUUCAGAGAAAAUAGUUGUUGGAAGAAGAAAUUACCACUUUCAAAUGGAAGAGUGGAUAAUAGAGUGAAUUCUAAAGCAUUCAUCAAAAGAAGAAAAGGUAAUAUUGCUGUAGAAGGCCCUAAUUCAAGAGAGCCAAAAAAGAAAAAUCAAGAUACUAUUAUCCUUAUUAUAUCAGUGUUCUUAGGUAGUUCUGUUUUUGUUAAUUGCUUACUUCUUGGAGUACUUUCUCUGGGAUUUUUACUCGUUUAUCGCAACAAAACCUCAACGUUUGAUCGAAAUGAAAGUUCCAUGGAUCAAAAUUUAAGAUACUUUUCUUACAAAGAGCUGUCAAAAGCUACAGAAGGGUUCAAGGAAGAACUCGGACGAGGGGCUUUUGGCAUUGUAUACAAAGGUAUCGUAGAAAUUGGAAAACCUAUUCCGAUAGCAGUCAAGAAACUGGAUCGGAUAAUCCAAGAUGGGGAAGAGGAAUUCAAGACUGAAGUGAAUGUGAUAGGCCAAACUCAUCACAAGAAUUUAGUCCGUUUACUCGGAUUUUGUGAUGAAGGUCCUCAUAGAUUACUUGUAUAUGAAUUCUUAAACAAUGGUACAUUAGCAAGUUUUCUUUUUGGUGAUCUGAAGUUGACAUGGAACCAAAGGACUCAAGUGGCACUCGGGAUAGCUAGAGGACUCUUGUAUUUGCACAACGAGUGCAGUACACAAAUCAUUCAUUGUGACAUAAAGCCUCAAAAUAUACUUCUUGACAACCAAUACGAUCCAAGAAUAUCGGAUUUUGGAUUAGCAAAGUUGUUGAGGAUGGAUCAAAGUGAGACUCAAACAGCAAUAAGAGGAACAAAAGGAUAUGUUGCACCAGAAUGGUUUCGAAACAUGGCAAUCACAGUGAAAGCAGAUGUUUAUAGCUUUGGUGUUUUACUCUUAGAGAUCAUAUGUUGUAGGAGAAAUGUAGACAUUGAAGCUGGUGAAGACAAGGCAAUAUUAACUUACUGGGCUUAUGAUUGCUACCAAGAAGGAACAAUAUAUCAGCUCGUCGAAAAUGAUUCAGACGCCAUUAGUGACAGGAAAAAACUGGAGAGGUUUCUAAUGGUAGCCAUUUGGUGCAUUCAAGAAGAUCCUUCUUUAAGGCCAACUAUGAAAAAGAUUGUUCUAAUGCUUGAAGAAAUUGUUGAAGUGCCUUCUCCUCCAUGCCCAAAUCCUUUUAGGACAGAAAAUUCUCUUCUAGACGCCGUAUAAUAGAUUUUUUCGAGCUUCUUCUUCUCUGCUACCCAUCAAGAGCUAUAGAUUUUAGAACUAUAAGUUAGCCCCUUUUUUCCUUGGUAGUAUUUCUCCGGGAAGGGGCAGACUUAUAGGCUUAUAUAUGGGGAACGUGAACCCAUGGUUUUUCCGCCAAACUAGGUAUUUUAUGUACAUAUUUUCUAGAAUUGAUAUAAUAUUAUCUGCCGGCACCCUU